CGGCCAUUUUGUUUUUUACCAUUCUUUCAAAGCUAGCCAACCAGCUAGGGGCUUAAACACGAACAAUUGUGCAAGACUUUUCAUUCAAGACGCCAGCGAGUAAUUCCGGAAGAUAUGGCGACCGCAACCCCAAGUAGAGCUGCCGCCGAAUCUGGCCGGGCAACUGCUGCUUCAACGCCGCUCUCCCCGACCCGCAUCACCCGCCUACAGGAGAAAGAGGAUCUGCGGCACCUGAACGACAGACUGGCUGUGUACAUCGACCGCGUCCGGUCUUUGGAGCUGGAGAACGACAGGCUCUCUCUGAAGGUCUCGGAGAAGGAGGAGGUCACAACAAGAGAGGUGACCGGGAUUAAGUCUUUGUACGAGGCUGAACUGGCGGAUGCUAGGCGUGUCCUUGACGAGACCGCAAGAGAGAGAGCUAAACUGCAGAUUGAUCUGGGCAAGGUCAACUCUGAGCUUGAGGAGGUCACUAAGAGCUUCAAGAAGAAGGAUGGUGACCUGGCUUUGGCUCAGGCCCGUAUCAAGGACCUGGAGUCUCAGUUUAACCAGAGCGAAGCAUCACUCACUACAGCUCUUAGUGAGAAUGCAUCACUCUCUGCAGAGAUUGCUGACCUGAAGAAACAGCUUGCUAAGGCUGAGGAUGCUCAUGCUGUUGCUAAAAAGCAGCUGGAGACUGAGACACUGAUGCGAGUGGAUGUGGAGAACCGCUGCCAAAGCCUGAGUGAGGAACUUGAGUUUAGGAAGAGCAUGUUUGAGGAGGAAGUGCGUGAGACACGGAAGCGCCAUGAAAAGAGGAUGGUGGAGGUGGAUGCCGGAGCCAAGCAGGAUUAUGAAUACAAACUGGCCCAAGCUCUGCAGGACCUUCGCAAGGAACAUGAGGGACAGGUGAACCUCUACAAGACUGAGCUUGAGCAAACCUUUCAGGCUAAGCUGGACAAUGCCAAGGUGUCUUCUGACCUUAAUGAUAAGGCAGUUACCACAGCACGGGAGGAGCUGCAGGAGGCUCGAGUCAGGAUUGAGGGGCUGACCUAUCAGCUGUCUGCACUCCAGAAACAGGCAGCAGCAGCAGAGGAACGUUUGCGUGAGCUGGAGGACUUGCUGAACAACGAGCGUGAUAAACAUCGCAAAAUAAUGGAUGGCAAGGAACGCGAGAUGGCCGAGAUGAGGGACCGCAUGCAGAUGCAGCUCAACGAGUACCAGGAGCUGCUGGAUGUAAAGUUAGCUUUGGACAUGGAGAUCAAUGCAUACAGGAAGCUACUGGAGGGAGAGGAAGACAGGCUGAAGCUGUCCCCCAGCCCCCCUUCACGUGUCACUGUUUCUCGAAGCGUGGCUGCUAGCAGCAGCUCCUCACGCUCAUCCCGUGCUAAGAGGAAGCGUGUGGAGGUGGAAGAUGAGACACUCAGUGCUCCCAGUUUUCGUGUCAGCCAGCAUGCAGAGGCAACAGGCUCGAUCAGUAUUGAGGAGCUUGAUCUCGAGGGCAAGAGUGUUACCCUUAAAAAUGUCUCCAAUAAGGAUCAGUCUCUUGGUAGCUGGCGGCUAAAGAGGCGAGUUGGAGAGGGAGAUGAGAUUGCUUACAAAUUCAGCCCUAAGUUUGUUCUUAAAGCAGGACAGACUGUUACAGUGUGGGCUGCAGAUGCAGGCAUGGCCCACAGUCCUCCCUCAGACCUUCUGUGGAAGAGUCAGAGCAGCUGGGGAAGUGGAGAUGAAACGGUCACCCUGCUGGUCAAUUCAGAUGGAGAGGAGGUGGCAAAGCGAGUAGUCACUAAGAGCAUUGUAGAGCUGGAGAAUGGAGAUGAUGAAAAUGGAGAUUUUGGAAAUGAGGAUCUCUUCCACCAGCAAGGCGAUCCAAAGACUCGAUCCAGAGAAUGUGCCGUCAUGUGAGGGAGGUUCAUUUACCACAGUAUUUCCCCCGAUUGCUCUCUCAGAGCCACAAUUUUUUUUUUGUGUGUACUUCAAUCAUGAAUCCUUAAAAUUGCUCUCUCCCUUCCUGAAAGAGUGUCAUUGGCGUACAGUUUUUACGGACCUCGUUUUUUAAACCCAGGUAACCAUGAACUGUGUAUCAAAAGUUUUUUGUUUUUGUUUUUUAAGUACAGUCUAUCAAAAUGUUUUGCUUUUAUAUUUCUUUUUGAUAAGUAUCAAAUGAAAGUUGGACAGCUUCUGAAUACAUGCCUAACCUCCCCAUAAUAGAGGUCUUCACAGUAUAACAGCAGGAAUUGACUCGAUGUACUUUUAAACAAGAAAAGUGCAGUAAAAGGUAAAGGAUGUGCAGUAAAGUGUGUUAGUAAAUGGUUUGUUUGGUGGGAUAAGAAAUGUUUUGCUUUGACUUAUGUAGGUUACUGUAUGUUGAAACUGACAGCUGCCGCUUAGCUCGUGUGUUUUUGUUUUCUGCUUUUGUCGUACAGAUAAACAGGGUGGAAAAGGAAUGAUAGGAGUUUAGUCAUUUCUUUAGUAAAUCCACACAUUUUUUGCUUGGAGAAAUAAUGAGCAAAAUCAUGUGGUGGUGACUGAAAGUGAAUAAUUGAAACUUUGGACAUUUUAGGAAUCUCUAGUCUAAAAGGCACUCCUAUUACUCUGAAAUCAUGCAACUGAUCUGCUUCUGUGGUGUCAGAAAUCGGGAAUCUCAUGAGGUCUGGGCUCCAGGCCCUCUACUGAUGAGAACAGAUAAAAAAAAAAAUGUAUUCUGACUCGGCACAUCAAAACUGAACCUGAGCUGAUGGCUGAGAAGUGUUCAGAAAAUUCUGAAUUGACGAUAAUAUUGAGCUAAAUGUUGCUUAUAACACAUUUUAAUCAUAAUGCACUCACCAUGAUUUUCAAGCAAAUGUUUACAUAUGGAAUAAAACACAAUACGGUGUGCUGUUAUGAGAAAAUUAUCAGCAAUCCUUUCCAUUGUGGAUUGAUUGUUUUCCUGUAACAGCACACCAUAAAGGGUUUGAGUCUUAAACCAAAACUGCAACGUGUAAACGUCAGUACCAUGGAGUACAACUGAUUUACAAAAUACUGACACUGAAAACUCCAUCCAUAGAUGUUAAAUGAAAUAUCUUACAGAAAACCUUAUUUUUCUUUCUUUUUUAAAAAAAAAUUGUAAUCUGUUUACAUGGUGUGUUCACCAUACAAUUUUCUAUGUAAUUCGUUACCAAAAAAAAUCUGUUCUAAUGAAUUAGAAUGAGUGUGUUAAUAUAAACUGGUGCUAGAGAAAAGAAAUUGCAUUAGUCAAAACCAUGUGCUAUAAUGCAAAUCUAGUGUAGCUUUCUUCUGUCUCUUAGAUGAUCUGGAAUCUGAUCUGGAAAUUUCUUUUUUUUUUU